AUGCUGAUUAGCCACUGCAAGAAGCUGAAGUCGCUACCAGAACAUAUGCAGGAACUCCUUCCAUCUCUUAAGAAACUGGAACUGCAAAAUUGUCCAGAAAUAGAGUCUUUUCCUGAAGGAGGAUUGCCCUUCAAUUUAGAAGUCCUUAAGAUUUGGAAUUGCAACAAACUGGUGAAUGGGCGAAAGGAGUGGCGUUUACAGAGACUCUCCUGUCUAAGAGAUUUAAUCAUCUACCAUGAUGGUAGUGACGAAGAAAUUCCUGCUGGUGAGAAUUGGGAGUUGCCUUGCUUUAUUCGACGGCUUACCAUAUACAAUCUGAAAACAUUUAGCAGCCAAGUUCUCAAAAGCCUCACCUCUCUUGAAUCUCUAUGUAUUCAAAAUUUACCUCAAAUUCAGGCACUACUGGAUGAAGGGCCUCCCUCGUCUCUUUCUGAGCUUACAUUUCGUCGCCUCACUUCGCUGCCUUGCUCCCUCUCUAAGCUGCAUAUCUGGAAUUGCCGUAAUUUCCAAUCACUUCCAGAAUCAGGGCUGCCCUUCUCCCUCUCUGUGCUCGAGAUCGAGAAUUGUCCUAAUCUCCAAUCUCUUUCAGAACCAGCGCUGCCCUCCUCCCUAUCUAAGCUGGUCAUCUGGGAUUGCCCUAAACUCCAAUUCCUUCCAUUAAAAGGAUGCCCUCUUCCAUCUCUGAACUAUAUAUUUCUGGCUGCCCAUUGCUCAAACCACAGAUAG